AUGUCUUCAUCUGCUGCUGGUAAUUCUGGUGAUGCCGAAACUUUCGCUUUCCAAGCGGAAAUCGCUCAGUUGAUGUCUUUGAUCAUCAACACUUUCUACAGUAACAAGGAGAUCUUCCUUCGUGAACUUGUGUCCAACUCUUCGGAUGCUCUUGACAAAAUCCGUUACCAAGCUCUGACGGAACCAUCGGAGCUCGACUCGGGUAAGGAGCUCUUCAUCAAGAUUGUCCCCAACAAGGCCGACAAGACGUUCACCAUCAUUGACACUGGAAUCGGAAUGACAAAGGCUGAUCUUGUGAACAACCUCGGAACCAUCGCCAAGUCCGGAACAAAAUCUUUCAUGGAGGCUCUUCAGGCUGGAGCUGACAUUUCGAUGAUUGGCCAAUUCGGAGUCGGAUUCUACUCUGCUUUCCUCGUCGCGGACAAGGUCGUUGUGACCUCGAAGAACAACGACGACGAUUGCCACAUUUGGGAGUCAUCGGCCGGAGGUAGCUUCAUCGUCACUGCCGUCAACGACCCAGAAGUGCCUCGUGGUACCAAGAUUGUUCUCUACAUCAAGGAGGAUCAGGCCGAGUAUCUCGAGGAGCGCCGCAUCAAAGAGAUCAUCAAGAAGCACUCGCAGUUCAUCGGCUAUCCAAUCAAAGACGAAGAAGAGGAAGAAAAGCCCGAAGAGGCAACAGAGGAAGGAAAGGUGGAGGAUGUCGGCGAAGAUGAGGAUGCGGACAAGAAGGACAAGAAAAAGAAGAAGAUCAAGGAAAACAAUGAUUGGGAGGAUCAUUUAGCCGUCAAACACUUCAGUGUUGAGGGUCAACUUGAGUUCCGCGCUCUUCUCUUCGUGCCUCAACGUGCUCCAUUUGAUCUCUUCGAGAACAAGAAAUCGAAGAACUCUAUCAAGCUUUACGUGCGCCGUGUCUUCAUCAUGGAAAACUGUGAGGAGCUGAUGCCUGAUUAUCUUAACUUUGUGAAAGGAGUCGUCGAUUCCGAAGAUCUGCCUCUUAACAUUUCACGUGAGAUGUUGCAACAGUCGAAGAUUCUGAAGGUCAUCCGGAAGAACCUUGUCAAGAAAUGUGUCGAGCUCUUCGAUGAGAUUGCCGAAGACAAAGACAAUUUCAAGAAGUUCUACGAGCAUUUUGGCAAGAACAUCAAGCUCGGAAUCCAUGAAGACUCCACCAAUCGCAAGAAGUUGUCUGAAUAUCUUCGUUAUGCAACAUCCGCAUCGGAUGAAACCACUUCACUCAAAGACUAUGUCUCAAGGAUGAAGCAAAAUCAGACUCAGAUUUUCUACAUCACUGGCGAGUCGAAGGAAAGCGUUGCCAACUCAGCUUUUGUGGAGCGUGUCCGUUCCCGUGGCUUCGAAAUUCUCUACAUGACUGAUCCCUUCGACGAAUAUUGCGUCCAACAACUCAAGGAGUACGAUGGAAAGAAGCUUGUCUCAGUGACCAAGGAAGGCCUUGAGCUGCCCGAGUCGGACGAAGAGAAAAAGAAGUUUGAGGAGAACAAGGUGAAGUUCGAAGGGCUUUGCAAAAUGGUUUUUGUUGUGAUCCGACUAGUUGGUGAAGCAGAAGAUCGCUUGUUCGAGAAUAUUAUUUUGGAACCGCAGAUUUCUCGUGUUGACCUGGUGAAGGAGAUUGAGAGUGUGACGAAUAUUCCACCCAAAUUUCAACAAGUCCAAUACCGUGGCGAUAAGCUACCCGACUCUCUUCAUCCUCUCGAAUCGAUCAAUGAUUUUGAAGAACUUGUUGUGAAGCAUUCUAUGGCCAACAACUGGACAGCAUUUUUCACACUCUUUGAAGCAGCUCGGCAAGCAUUGGCAACAAAGCAAAUUAAGGACGUCGAACGGAAUGGUGGCUUGAUCUGCAAUGUUUUGCGAAAUGGAAGCUUACUUGGAAAAUAUUAUGUGAAAGAGCACAUAGGCCUUUCUAAUUGGCAGCAUGCAGAUCUUCGUGAAAUUUUCAUUUACAAACUGUUCGAAUUGAUACAAGUGGGGCCGGAAGUGCAUUUCAUACCAAAUACACACUACUCUGGUUUGGGACUUUACAUCGGAACUAAAGAAGUUGUUGGCUUUCGUCGAGCAGACACCGAAGGAUUGGAGAUAAGCAACGAACUGUACGCUCAGCGCGAUUUGCUUCGACGUGUCUUGUGUGUGAAGGAUCUCCAUUCAAAAAAUUAUGGUGUCGAUGAUAAAGGGAAACUCAGCAUCGUUGAUUUCCAGAUUAACGGUUCUGUUGAUUCCGCCGCGGUGCUCAAACAGCAAAAGACUACAUUAAAUCGUGGAAUCUCC